AAAAGAAAGAGAACCUUUUACCCAGAAAAAUUAAAAAAAAGAGAGAACAAGUGUUGCCGGCUCAAGCGGAUCUCGCCUCAGUCUAUUUCUUCUUCCUCUUUCCCAAGCUCUCAACUUCCUAUCUCUGUUUGCGCGAAAGUGGCAGUCUCGUUUCACCCGACCACUUCUACUCCAAGCUUUCAGCCCCAAGCUAGACUCGCUCCUCCUCUCGGGUUCUCUCCCGCAGGGGUUAAAGCUUCAAUAUUUAGCUUACUCCAAGCAUGGCUAUCUAUGCUAUGCAGAGCUUAUAGAGUUCCGUUGGCACCCAUUGUGUGGGCUAUGCCUUUAAUUUAGCAGCCUUUCUUCUUGCAGCUGGAGAAAAGAAUUUUUGAGGGUUUUGAUACGAGAUGGUGAACGCCACUAAAGGAUUGUUCGUCUCUUGCGACAUACCUAUGGCGCAAUUCAUCAUCAAUUACAACAAUACACUGCCCCCUUCACAGCAAUUCAUAAUACAUGUCUUGGAUAGUACUCACCUGUUUGUGCAGCCCCAUGCAGCUGAAAUGAUAAGAAGCGCCAUUUCCGAAUUUAGAGAUCAGAAUUCUUAUGAGAAGCCUACUUGAAUCCUUUAGAUUUAGAGACCAAAUUGGUCACAUUGUAUUUGUAUCUUGGUUUAUUGUGUCCAUGUAUCAAAUCUCUCUUCCAGCUCUUUGUCAAGUGUAGCUCUUAUUUGAACACAUUGAAGUGAGCCACAGAGCUUUUUGAAAAAAAUUGGUUGACGUUCUAAACUGGCUGUGCAAGGAUAAUGGGUUCUUUUCCUUCGCUUGCUUGUGAAUCUAAUGAGAUUGGAUGAUUUAAUUCUGAACCACCAAA